AUGACCUACGACAGACUCCCGCCCGGGACACAGAGGAUCGAGGAUAAAACUGGGCAGAAGAUUCUUCUUGCGCCUCAGCCGAAUGCGGAUCCCAACCAGCCUUUGAACUGGUCUCCAUUUCGCAAAUCACUACACAUGACGAUUCUGUGCUUCUACGCACUCAUGGUCUUUGCGAUUCUCUGCGUCGCCGUCCCACUAUGGCAGGACUUCAACACCGAGCUCGGCAUGAGCUACGCCGUGCUGAACGACGGGUACGCGACAAACAUGGCCGCCUUGUCAGUCGGAUGUAUCAUCUUCGUGCCGAUCGCGCUGCGCGUCGGCCGCCGGCCCGUCUAUCUCGCGACGGCGCUGAUCAUGCUGGCUGCGGCGAUCUGGCAGGCGAGGAUGCGCACGGUCGGCGAUAUGAUCGGGGCGAAUGUCAUUUCGGGACUUGCUGGGGCGGUUAACGAGGCCGUCUUUCAGGUUACGGUCUCCGAUCUCUUCUUCGUGCAUCAGCGCGGCACCAUGAACGGGAUAUACCUCGCCAUUGUCAUCAUUGGGAACUAUCUCGGCCCCGUCGCGGCAGGAUACGUGGCAGUCUCCCAGCAUUGGAGAUGGGUCUUCUGGUACUGCACCAUCUUCAUGGCGAUCGUUGCGCUGGUCAUGGCCUUCUUCCUCGAAGAGACCAAAUACACUCCGUUGGUGACGGACGGUCGUGAAGUCGUCCUCUCCACGGCAGUCGAUCAAGGAGCCGACGACAUGCUCGCCAAAGUCAACAGCACCACCAAGUCUGCUACAGCCGCCACACGCUUGGGCUCCAUCUCCGUGGACGCGACCGAGGCCGCGCAGAACACCGAACGCCGCCGCCUCGUGGAGAUCGACCACUCGAUCCCGCUCAAGUCGUACCGCACACGCCACGCCCUCUGGUCUCUCGACAAGCAAGUGACGUCCGCGCACCGGCCGCCGUGGAUGCACUUCAUCCAACCGUUCCACAUCUUGGUGACUUUUCCGGCCGUCAUGUUCACGGCACUGCAGUACGGGUUUCUGAUCGCCAUGUUGGCAAUCCUGGCCGUCACACAAGCCACGUUGUACCCGUUUCCGCCGUACAAUUUCACGCCCAUUGGAGUGGGGAAUAUGAAUUUGCCACCUGCAAUCGGCGCGAUCCUCGGCUCUCUCUUCGGCGGGCCCCUGAAUGACUAUUUCAUCGUCCAAGUCGCCAAACGACGAGGCGGCAUCUACGAGCCCGAGACGCGUCUGUGGCUCUUCCUCAUCCCCGGCGCGUGCAUGCCCGUCGGCCUGUUCAUGUACGGCCUGACCAUCUCGCGGGGCAUGGCGUGGCCGAUCAACGCCGUGGGGGCCGGCUUCAUCGGUGCGGCCAUCGGCGGGUGCGGCGACAUCAGCUUGACCUAUUGUCAGGAUUGUUAUCAAUAUAUCCUAGGCGACGCACUCACCGGCGUCGUGUUUGUGCGCAACAUCAUCUCCACGGGCCUCGUCUUCGCCGUGACGCCCUGGAUCGCCGGCAUGGGCGUGUACGACAUGUUUGUGCUUCUGGGGUGUUUGAGCGUCGCUGUCGCGUUGACCUGCAUUCCUUUGAUCGUCUGGGGACGAGCGUGGCGGGCCAGGUUGGCUGGACGGUACGAGCAUUUCGCCGCCAAGCAGUAUUGA